GUUUUGACGGUCGUUUGUGUAGGACGCGGCAAUCGCUUCACGCAGGCAAAGCAAAGAGUUCAGUUUUUUGUUCAGAGAUCGUAAUUUGUCGGCACGUCUCGAUCGCAUUCGGAGUUCUUUCUCAUCUGCAACUACUACUAGUUAGUAUUUUACGCUGAUAAUCGAGUGUGUCAUGCGAAUAAUGUCAAUGAUAAUGCAGUGCAAUAAUAAAUAAAAGCGAAAGUGCUUUAUGCAACUGCAAUCACAAGUCGUGCCUACAUAUGUAUAUUGAUAUAAAUUGUGUGUCUUAUUUGUUUUGUUGCACUUGCGCUGAGGAUAUACGAAAAUAGCCAAAGAAAAAUUUGUCGCUGUCGCCUGGCUGCAACCGAAAUAAAAUUAAAUAGCGCAAAAAUGUGCGUCAAAUAAAUGAGAAAUGAAGAGAAAUAGAGAAGUGCGAGUCUUAUAGAGUGUGCAAAAGGAAAUGUGUACAAAAAAUAAUACAAAUAAAAGUCUGCCAGAAAAAGAAAGCCAAAACGUCGCGACGACAACUGACAAGCGGAAAUUCUAAAAAAAAAAAGUUAAAAAAAAAAAAAAAUUGUAAAAAAGCAACGCAAAAGAAAAGAAAGAAAAAUCAAAUAAAAUUAUGAAUGAAAAUUCUGGGAAAUGUGCUUGAGUGUGCAACUUGGUGUUAAGCUAAAUUAAUAGAAAUAAAAAAGGGUCUUAGAAAAGCAAUAAAAUAUUUUUAAUUAGUUUCAAAGUCAAGUGAAGUGUAAAAUGUGCGCAAAUUGAAUUCAAGUCUGUGCUUGGCAAAAUUCCCCUGUGAAAAAUGAAAGUGAAAAUAAAAGAGCGCAAGCUAAGCAGUUGCGCAAAAUGCUGCCUUAUCCUGCCAACAACAACAAUGCUGUUCCUAAUCCUGCUCCCCUGCCUGUUAACUGUUCAGGUUGAGGGCCGGCGUGCCAAACAAUUGAAGCAACGACUCGUUGUACUGCCACCGGCCCAAAUGCUCAAGGAAUACAGCACAGAGACACUCAAUGCCAGCUCCGUGGAGCAGCUGGAGGCGAGCAUUGUGUCCUGGACGGGCGAGCGGAUAAGCCAACGCAAAUCCAGCUCCACCAGCCGCGGUGGUCAGAGCACGCGUCGUCGUAAAACCAAAAGUGGCCUCCUGAUUGAAAGUAACAUUGGGAGCAGCGAAUCAGACAUGGCAGCUGCUUCCUCAGAGAUCAGAAAUGGCAAGAAGUCCAAGCAGCGCGGACGGAACGGACGGCUCCAGAGAACGGACGGCAAAUCGAAUGCCAAUGAAAUGCGCCUGCGCAACACUCAACAGGCAGAUGAGGCCAUCAGUGCUGGCGGCCUCUAUCCGCCGCUGUUUAAUGUCGCGCCGCGUGCCUCGAUCACAGUGAACGCAACGUGCGGCCAAAACGGAGCCGAGGAGUACUGCAAACUGGUCGACGCCUAUCCGCAUCGCAAUUGGGCCAAGCACUGCGGCACCUGUAAUGCGCACAGCUCCGACCGGGCCAAGCAGCGACCCAUCGAGUCGCUGAUCUCGCCGAGCAGCAGCUUCGAGGAGAGCUGGUGGCAAUCGCCUACGCUGCAGGGUGGCCGUCAGUUUGAGUAUGUGACCAUCACGCUGGAUCUGAAGCAGACCUAUCAAAUCUUUUUCGUAAUGCUCAAGUCGGCCAAUUCGCCGCGUCCCGCCUCGUGGAUACUAGAGAAGUCCAUAGAUGGCAUUACGUACGAGCCCUGGCAAUACUUUGGCCUCAGCGAUGCGGACUGCAAGCGACGCUACAAUCGGUCUGGCCGCAAUGGCAAAUAUAUUUUCAAAAACGACACCGAAGUCAUCUGCUCGACGCAGUACUCGAAGCCGCUGCCGCUGGAGAACGGCGAGCUGCACGUGUCGCUGCUGAAGAAUCGUCCUGGGGCGCAGGAGCAGACGCCGGAGCUGAUGCGGUUCAUCACAGCCCGAUUUAUGCGUAUCCGUUUACAGGGUAUGCACUCGACGGCCAAUCUGGACAACAGCGUCGACUGGCUGCUCGACUCGCAGUCGCUGGAGAAGCGCAGCUUCUACAGCCUCAAGCAGCUGCGCGUCAGCGCUCGCCUCGACUGCCACGGCCAUGCGAACCGCACCCAGGAUGUGGACGCGGGCAAUGCCUACAGCCUGCUGCAGUGCGCCUGCCAGCACAACACCUGCGGCCUGCAGUGCGACGAGUGCUGUCCCCUGUUCCAGGAUCGCGCCUGGUCGCCGGGCGGCGAGUGCGAGAUUUGCCAGUGCAACGGCCAUGCGCAGAGCUGCAGCUACGACGCCUUCCUCGAGCGUGGCAUUUGCCAAGAGUGUGGCAACAAUACGGCGGGCAACGAGUGCGAGUUCUGUGCGGGCGGCUUCUACAGGGAGCUGGGCGCAGCACCUACCGAGCCCUGUCUGCCCUGUGCCUGCAACCCGCAACGCUCGGAAGGCAGCUGUGCACCUGUGGGUGGCGCCUGUCAUUGCCUGGAAGGAUUUCAGGGUCCCCAUUGCGAGGAGUGCGCUCCGAACUACUACGGCGACGACUGUCGACGCUGUGAAUGCGAUUCUCGUGGCACUGUGCCCGGCAGCGCCUGUGCCGGGAGCUGCCAGUGCAAGGCGCAUGUGCAGGGCGACACCUGCUCCGAGUGUGCCGUGGGCUACUUUGACUUGAGUGAGCAGAAGGCGGAGGGCUGCAGUCGGUGCUGGUGCUCGCAUGUGUCGGAGACCUGCCACAGCGCCAAGCUGCAGACGUUGGCCUUCGAAACGCUGAACGAUUGGCGACUGACGGACAUACAGCGGGCUCAGGCGAUAGCCGUGGCCGUCGAUGCCGAAACGAAGCGCCUGAUCUUUGGCAACGAGCUGGACGAGGUGGAGGCCAUCUACUGGCAGGCGCCGGCGGGUUAUCUGGGCAAUCGGCUGACCAGCUACGGCGCCAGGCUACAGCUGCAGCUGUCAUGGGUUGUCAUGCGGGGCGACACCUCGGGAAAGCCCACAACCGGACCGAAUGUCAUUCUCUGCGCCAAGAAUGGACUCAAGAUAGCCUAUGCGGAUGAGUCGUAUGAGGGUCUGGAGCUGGCACUGAAUGUCCCAUUGACGGAGCACGGCUGGUAUCAUGUGCCGCCCGCUGUGAAGGAUAUAAAGACGCGCCUCAGACGCACCGAGGGCGGUGAUUAUCAUGGCGAGCCGGUGACCCGGGCACAAUUCCUCUCCGUGCUGGUCUCGCUCGAUGCGCUGCUCAUACGUGCCGCAUAUCACACAGAUCAGGUGGAAACGUCGCUGGAGCAUGCCGUCAUCUACUCGGGUGGAUUGGAGCUGGGUGGCCAGGCCACAAGCCAGGUGGAGCAAUGCGUUUGCCCAGCUGGCUACACGGGCUUGUCCUGCGAGAGCUGCGCCUUUGGCUACAAGCGCAUUUACGAAAACACCACGGAUCAUCGGCUACUGGGCAAAUGCAUACCCUGUCCGUGUAAUGGCCACUCGAAUUCGUGUGAUCUGCAAAGCGGCAAUUGUGGCGAUUGCAUGCACAACACUUACGGAGAGCGCUGCGAGCGUUGCCAGCUUGGUUUCUAUGGCAAUCCACUGCAAGGCACGCCCCACGACUGCAAACGCUGCGCCUGCCCACUGCUUGAGGAUUCGAACAACUUUUCGCCCAGCUGUCAGCUAAAGAGUUACAACUACAUGGAUCUAAACCCCCAAUUCGAGCUAAUUGAGCAUGCGGAAUAUAUAUGCACCCAAUGCCCCGAGGGCUACACGGGCGACCACUGUCAGGUGUGCGACGACGGCUACUAUGGCAACCCUCUGAAACUGGGCAACAGGUGUCGACGCUGCGAGUGCGACGGCGGCCCGUGCAACGUCACAACCGGCGCCUGCAUCACCUGCCACGGCAACACCGAGGGCUGGCACUGUGAGCGCUGCAAGCGAGGCUACUGGGGUGACCCGGCCGUCGGCUGCGAGCCCUGCCACUGCCACCCCGAGGGCUCCGAGAGCGGCCUCUGCGACAGCACCGACGGCCAGUGCCUGUGCCGCCCGCGCUUUGCCGGCCAGAAGUGCAACGAAUGCGACGUGGGCUACGCCCACGUGGAGCGCCAGUGCGUGCCCUGCAAUUGCGAUGCACUGGGCGCCGCUGUCCUGGGCAACUGCAAUGCCACAACUGGACAAUGCAUCUGCAAAGAGGGCGUCAUGGGUGUCAAGUGCUCGGAGUGCUUAGAUGGCUACUUUGGCAUGAAUGUCAAUGCCGAGCAGCUGGAGGAUUUGGCUGCACUGCGUCUGGCCGAAAAUGAUGGCGAUUGGGAGCUGGUCAACGAGAACGACGAGACUGUUGCCUGCGAGGAUUGCCAAUGCAGUCCAGUGGGCUCGCUGUCUACGGCUUGCGACAAGCGCACCGGGCAAUGUUCCUGCCUGCUGAACGUGGCUGGGCGCCGCUGCGACAAGUGCAAGCCGGGCCACUGGAAUCUGACGCAGGGCGUCGGCUGUCACGACUGCCAAUGCGAUCCGCACGGAGCACGCGGACACGAAUGCAAUCCGUGGACGGGCCAAUGCGAUUGCAAAAUAGGCGUUGGGGGCCGGCAUUGCAAUGAGUGCACCGAAGGCUUCUAUGGCUUCAGCACGGAUGGCUGCCAACGGUGUGCCGCAUGCGCAGCAGAGGGUCAGGUCUGUGAUCCGCUCAACGGCCGCUGCAUAUGCCCCAAGUAUACGCGUGGCCUGGGCUGCGGGCAGUGUGUGCCCGGCACCUGGGGCUGGCAGGCGCGUCUAGGCUGUCGGGAGUGCGAAUGCGAUCACAUCGGCUCCAUUGGGCAGCAGUGCGCCACCGUGGGCGGGCAGUGCCAGUGCCGUGAGGGCUAUGCGGGACGCACCUGCAAUAGCUGUGCCGUCGGCUACUUUGGCUAUCCGGAGUGCCGGCGCUGUGGCUGCGACGUAGAAGGCUCCUUUACGCGCGCGGACGGACUCAUUGCCUGCGACUCGAACGGCCAGUGCCCAUGCAAAUCUCUGGUGGUGGGCCUCAAGUGCGACACCUGCAUGCAGAGCACCUUUGGCCUGUCCGCACUCAAUCCCGAGGGCUGCACCCGUUGCUUCUGCUUCGGGCGCGCCGCUGAGUGCGAGCAGAGUGAACUCUCCUGGGGUCACAUUCGCAUGCCGGAGGCGCGUAAUCUGAGCGUGCAACAGUUGCGCCCACAACACGUGCCCAAUGGCGACUUCGAGUAUAUUGUCGUCGUCCAAAUGGCGGGCAGCGUCUCCUAUCGCGAGGAUGCGGAAAUUCAGCGAAUGAAUGACUUGAGCCUUGUGCCCCGCUCCACGGGCAAUGUAUCCAUUGGCGCCUAUACGCAGUUCUAUCAGCCGCUCUACUUCCAGCUGCCGCCACAAUUCUACGGCGAUCGCACCACCAGCUACGGUGGUUAUCUCUACUUCUCACUGAUCACCGAUGGCGCUCAGAUGCCGCUGGAGAGGAAGAUAUUGUCACAGUAUCCGCUCGUGCAGCUGCACGCGCACACAAAGUUGGUUUUGGACUUUUAUGAGCACGAGGAAUUCGAGUACUCGCUGAAUGUGACCCAUCGCGUGCCGCUCCACGAAUCCUACUGGAAGUACCAUCAGAACAAUCAGGCGGUGGACCGCGGCACCUUGAUGGCGGCGCUGCAAAAUGUGAAGCAUAUUUUUCUGCGCGCCUUUGCCUUUGCUGAUUUUCAGCAAGUUGUCUUGCACAGCGUUCACAUGGAUGCUGCGAUCUAUGUGCAGGGCUCCACCAAUCUGCUGGCCAAGGGUGUAGAGCAGUGCAAGUGCCCGAAACGUUUCGCUGGCCUCUCUUGCCAAGAUCCGGGACGCUCGUUUUACCGCUGGCGCAACACCAGCGACAUGGAAAGCGUUUUCAUCGAAGAUCUGAUUGGACGCGCGGCUCCCUGCCAUUGCAAUGGACGUAGCAAUGACUGCGAUCGCGAAACCGGCGUUUGCUUGAAUUGUCGCGAUAAUAGCGGCGGCGCGCAUUGCCAGCACUGCGCCGACGGCUACUACGGAGAUCCGAACUCACGGCACGGAUGCCAGGCCUGCCCCUGCCCGGAGACGAAUCGCAAUUUUGCACGGGGCUGCAAUGUGCGCGAGGGCGAAGUCAGCUGCGUCUGCAAGCCCGGCUACACGGGCCGCCUGUGCGAGCACUGUCAGCCGGGCUACUUUGGCAGUCCGAUGCAGUAUCCGAACAGCAGCUGCCAGGCGUGCGAGUGCCACGUGGUUGGCAUACGGGCGGAGGGCUGUGAUGCUCAAACAGGGCAGUGCCAUUGCCGGGAGGGCGUGACAGGCUUAAAGUGCGAUAAGUGCAUGGCAGCGCGUCAUCAUCUGCAAGACCAGGGCUGCAGGCUUUGCGACAACUGCACGCUGCUGCUGCUGGACUAUGUGGAGCUGGUGGGGCACAAGCUGCGCCGCGGGCUGCACAACAUGGACUUGACGGGCAUUCCGGCGCCUUACCUCAAGUUGAGUGAGUACGAGCGCGCCUAUAAGGAGUGGCGUACCCGCCAGCAGGACGUUAGCCAGGCCCGGCAGCUGCUAUUGGGCUAUGACGUGGGCGCCCUGCUUAAGAUGGAUGCGCAUGCGGAGAACAAUAAGUUCCAGUCCCGGAAAGCUCUGGCCACCAUUGGCAAGCGUCAGCAUGCGCUCCAGUCGAUGCAGGAGUCGGCUCUGGUCCUCCAGCAGGAUGUGCGCAAAAUGCGUGGCGAGCAAAUGCAGACAUUGCAGGAUUUGCGCAACUAUGGCACGGCUGCCCAUCAUCUCAGUCUGCCCACGGCCCUGAAGCAGGCCCGAUUCUAUCUGGAAGCCAUUCAGCAGCAUCAUCAUGUGGUCCAGGAUAUACGCAGCUCCAGCGACUGCGCCUGGCAGCUCUUCUAUGCCACCGGCAACGCCUCCGAUGCGGCCUACGAUCAGCGGGCGCGCCUCGAGAUGCUCUGGCGCGAUCUGAAUCAAACCAAUUAUCGCGUGGCCGAUAUGCGGCUGCACCUCGAUCGCACCCAGGACGUGGAGAGCGAGGCGGACGAUGUGCUCGAGCAUGUGCGCAAUCUCAGCGGCCAUGUGGCCGAGCAGUACCAGGAGCUGAGCGCACUGGACCAACACAUACAGCAACAGUUGAAUCCGGAUCAAACUGAGCUCGGCUACAAAAAUCUUCGAACUAGCAUUGAGCAUCAGUUGCAACUGAACGAGCAGCGACGCCAAUUGGCUGCUGCAGCUGCUCAGCUGAAUGCGACGCUUCUGGUGGAGCUGGAGCUGCAGCGCGAGGUGCGCAAACAUUGGCUACCCAAGGCGGAGAAGCAUGCAACACGCCUGCUCGAACGCUCCAACGAAUAUGCCAAACAAUUCCAGCCGACGCGCAAUGCCGCACGCAUUGCCAUGCUGGCCAGCUCCGCCCACAGCAACAUUUCGCUGGCCAUUGCUGCCGCUCAGCAGGCAUCGCUGCUGGCCAAGGAGCGCGUGUUCGAGGCCCAACGCACACUUUAUCCCAGCGACGGCAGCUCGAUGAUCGAGCGUGCCAAGCACUCGCUGCAGCGUUCCAAGCAGCUGCAGCGUGAGGCCUUGCAGCAAAUGCAAAAGUCCACCGUGCUAAAGGGCAAGCUGCAGCAGCAGCAACAGCAGGUGGAGGGCAUUAAGCGCACCAUCUUUGAGACGGGACAGCGCAGCAAUAACAUUACCAGCCAGCUGCAGUUGCUCAGGAAUAGCUCGGCGCGGCGCAAUGCGCAGCAGAGCAUGAAACUGGCGCAGCACACCAGCGACGAGAUGCGCCAGGAGCUGAGGAAGGCGAAGGAGCUGCAGCAAUCCAUACAGCAUAUGCGCAAAUCCUUUGCCAUGCUCGAGCCAGACUGGGAGAUCAAACUGGGCAUGGCCGAGGAGAAUAUCUCGCUGACGAAAACGAAUUUGCGGCUGGGCAACGUCUCGCUCAGCUACAUCGAGCAGCAGGCGGCCAAGGAGCAGCAGAUCUUCGAGCAGUGGAACAACAGCAUGGCCAGCCAGCUGCAGCAGCUGAGGGAUCAAAUAGCCAAGGCUAGGCAUGCAGCCGAGGCGAUUGAUGUCUCGCUGGAGUCGCUGGGCCCCAAGUGCAGUCGCAGCUAUUUGCCCGUCUCCUAUGGCCUGAGCACCUCCAAUUCGCUGCGCCUAAGCUUCAGCCUAGCCAAUCACAUGGGCAACUCGCCGCUGCUGCUCGUGCAGGGCAGCGAGGGUCGCCACAUCACAUUGGAGCUGUACAAGAGGCACGUGCGCCUGAUUUGGUAUCUGGGCGGCAGCACGGCGACCAUAACCCAUCCGCUCGAAGUGCAAACGCGCGAUCCCAAAUACGACGACGCCUGGUAUCACGUGGAAGCGAAUCGCACACUGAACCUGGGCAGCCUGCUGGUGCGUCGCAUGAACAACUUUGGCUCUCUGAUGCCCGGGUCUCCGGUCACGGGCUCCACGGAUUCGGAGCACACGCGUUUCUAUCAGACUCACGACGAACGCAUCUUGCUGGGCGGCCAAGCCUCCAAGGACCAAACACCGGGUCUAAAUGUCGUCGUGCACCAGGUGGAGGUGGACAAUAAACCGCUGGGCAUAUGGAACUUCAUUAGCAGCGAGGGACGGUGUGGCGGUGCCAUGAUUGGCGCCAGGGAAUCAUCGGCCUCCUCGGUGGCACGGCACUUCAAUGGCCUCGGCUAUGCGCAGCUGAAGAAGACGCGACCGCGUCCCUAUCGCAAGAAUCUCUUUGCGCUGCAGAUGACCUUCCGCACGCUGGACGAGAAUGCGUUGCUCUUCCUGGCGGUUGAUGACAAGAAUAACCGCUCCGUUUCGGUCACAUUGAGUCGCGGUCGCAUCAUGUUCCGCAUCGAUUAUGGCGACGAGUCCAAGCUGGAGAUCAAUACCACCAAAAAGUACAACACUGGCCAGUGGAUCAAAAUCGAGGCGGCCCGCGAGUUCUCCACACGACGCAGCACCGAAAAUGGAAUGCUACGCGUUAACAAUGAUCGCCCCAUCUCCGGCGCACCCACAUUGCCCGUGAAGAGUCACAUGCUGCCGGAUCUGUCUAAGGCGGUGUAUUAUCUGGGAGGCGUGCCACCAGGCUUUACUUCAGGCACCACUAAAGCACCCGGCGCAGACAAUCCCUUCCUUGGCUGCAUGAUGGAUGUGCAGGUGAAUGGCGAGACUUAUGAUCCGCUCGAGAGCUCUACAUACUUUGGCGUGGAGUCUUCCUGCAAGGACAUGAUUACAAAAGCUGGCUUCUCGGGAAAUGGCUAUUUGGAGCUGCCCUCGCAAUCGCUGCGCAAGCGUGCCAAUGCGGCUCUGGUGUUCCGCACACUUCAAGCGGAUUGUUUGCUGCUGCUGGCUGCGUAUCCACCCGAAGUGCUGGCCGACUACGAUGCCAAGGAUAUCAAGGGCAACUAUUCGAUGAGUCUGGUCGAUGGCCAGCUGCAGGUGUGGAUCAACUCCGGUCGCAGUUUCAUCAAAAUGUCCUCCAAUGCCAGCCAGCUGAACGAUGGCGAGUUGCAUGUGAUCAACCUCAGUAAGACUGGACGCCGUCUGGAGCUGAUGGUGGACGAUGAGCUGCAGGAGGUGCGCACCCUGACGGGCUCACCCUCACUCAUCAGUCUGCCCCAGGAUGCGGGCGGGCUUUACAUAGGUGGUGCACCGCCCCACGAGAUUUACACACCCUUGGCGCCCACCUUUGUGAAGCUGGAGGGUGCCGUGCGGGAUGUGGUGUUCAAUAACCGUACGAUCAAUUUCAAUGAUGCCCUGACCUUUGUCAAUGUGCAGAUUGGACGCAACGGUCCGGUCAUGGGCAGUCCCAAGGGCGCUCUCUACGAUGUGCUGCUCAAGACGGAGCCGAUGAUUGGGAAGAGUUUCACCGCCUCACCGGAGGGCUGCAAGCGGAUCGGAAGCUACUCCUACGAACCGAAUGCCUUCAAGUUCGGCGACGAGCUCUAUAGCUACUCGCAGCUGAAGCUGCCCGAGCGUCACUUCUGGCAGCGCAACUUCCAGCUGAGCUUCGAGUUCCGCUCGUUCUAUCCGAAUGGCAUGCUCUACUUGUCGCCGGGCAGCAAGGAGAAGCCCAAGCACUACGUCACCCUACUGCUCAAGGAUGGUCAGCUGGUGUUGAUAGUGCGCGGACGAAGGCGCGAGGAGCUGCUGCUGACCGCCAAGCUGAACGACGGCGAAUGGCAUCGGGUCACAAUCGGCUGCCACGAUCGCAAGGUUACGCUGAGCGUUGAGAUUGGACGCACAGACCAAAAGACUUCGGCCCAGAUGAAGGUGCCCAAGAAAAUAGGCGCCUCACAGCUAAUGCUGGUCGGUGGCCUGCCCCAGGCACCGGUCAAGGUGCCCUCGGAGCUCUAUAUGCGCCUCGAGCCCUUCAAGGGCUGUCUGCGGCGAUUCAGCAUCAACAAUAGCACACAGGAUCUGGCACGGCCGGGCAAGCAUGCAAAUGUCGGACAAUGUUUCCCGAAAGUGGAGCGCGGCAGCUACUUCCCAGGCGAUGCCUAUGCCAUAUACAAGAGAAACUUUCAUGUGGCCAAAUAUUUGGAACUGGAAUUGGAAUUUCGCACCUCUGAGCUAUCCGGCAUAUUGCUAAGCGUAUCCGAGCCCAACAACUUUCCUUCGCUCUCACUGGAGCUAAGCAAUGGCAAUAUCGUUUUCUCUUGUGAUCUGGGCGAUGGCGUGCCCUUCCGCGUGGAGUCUACGCUGCCGGACAAAUAUGCUUUGUGCGAUAACAAAUGGCACAACAUAUCCGCGCUCUAUGACGGCGAACAGAUUGCACUAAGAAUCGAUCAGCUCCCAGCUACGAUCAGCAUGUCGAGCCAACGCAAUGCGGGCAAGGUGCAAACACGUUCGCCCCUUUACAUAGGCGGACUGCCAGAUAUUGCACCGAGUGGCUGUUUGUUGUCUCGCGAUAACUUCAAGGGCUGCAUACGUAAUGUCUCCAUACGCAAUGAGAGACGCGAUUGGAUCGAUAUGGAUGAUCUGCACAAUGUGCUCCUCAGCGAGUGUCUUGUCUCCAGCGAUGAUUGAACUAUAUCUAUCUAACGAAAUAUGUAUAGAUCGCGGAACAAUUUCUGGUUCCUGUUGUUGAUGCCACACCAAAACUUUUUCCAAAUGCAUUGUGAUCAAAUAGGAGUUUUAGACUUAGACUUAGACAACGUCCAGUUCGUAGCAUAUCACUGCCAUAUAAGUAAUAUUUACCUAGCUAUACGUUUAGCCAGUGACUGCAUUUUAUAUACUACACACAUAUAUAUUUUUUACAUGUAUGCCCUACACAAAUAUUUAAUUUAUUUAAAUUUUAAUUUAUUUUGUUUUUUAUUUUAAAGAGGCUUUAAGUUUGCGCAUCGAUUUUAUUUGUAUUUUUUUUAACUGUAUACCUUGUGAAUCUCCCAUUUGUACAUUGCCUAUUUAUAUUUAUAAACAUAUUUCAAUAUCGAAUAAGUAUUUCGAUUAGUGUACUUCAUAAUUUAAUUUAUACAUAUAUUCAUUUGUACAUAACACAUAUUUAGCGUAAGAUUUUUAUAUUUAAAUUAACUUUACGUUUGAACG